AUGUCCAAGAAGGAACCUGAGCAGGACCCCAAGUUGGUCACAGACAAGACGAAGGUGAAUUUCGUGCAGGAGGACCCAGGAACGAACACGACCAAGUUUAAGUACUACCCUGACGACCCAGAGUCAGCAUACCACAGGGACCAGUUUAGGACAAAACAACCUACGAAAUACUACGAUCCAUGCCAGGAAUCCGCUCAACUGAGCUUCAAAUGUCUGGAACUCAACAACUACGACAGGUCGCUCUGCAAGGACUAUUUCGACGCAUACAGGGAGUGCAAGAAACAGUGGCUCAAUGCCAGAAAGACAGACCGCUCCAAAUGGGAGUAA